AUGGACACCAUGACUAGUACCUCAGGUGUUAACACCCCUUACGUCUCUGACAACGAGACCGUUUCAAGCGCUACUACUGCGCCAACUCCUCGCGAUGAUUUCAGCGCUGUGAUCGGCAUGGCCUGCCGUGUUCCAGGCGCUUCUUCUCCUUCCAAACUAUGGGAGAACAUUAUGACCCAGCGCGAUGUUCAGAAGAAGAUGCCUUCUGACCGCUUCAAUGUCGACGCUUACUACCACCCUGAUGGAACCAACAAGGGAACCACCAAUGCCAAAUAUGGUUAUUUCCUUGACCAGGAUCUCGGUCUUUUCGAUGCUGGUUUCUUCCACAUCUCUGGCAAGGAAGCUGAGGCUAUGGACCCUCAGCAGCGCCUCUUGCUUGAGGUUGUCUAUGAAGCGUUGGAAAAUGCCGGAAUUACUCUUGAUGAAAUCCGGGGCACCCAAACUUCUGUUUAUUGUGGUUGUUUCACCAACGACUACAAUUCGAUGAUUACCAAGGAUUUGGAGUACUAUCCCAAGUACACUGUGACCGGAACUGGUGAUGCAAUUCUUUCUAACCGUAUCUCCUACUUUUAUGAUUUGCACGGUCCUAGCGUUACUAUUGACACCGCUUGCUCCUCUUCUCUCGUUGCUCUGCACCUUGGAAACCAAUCUCUUCGCAGUGGUGAAUCAGAUUUGUCUAUUAUUGUCGGGUCUGCUCUUCAUUUUGACUCAAACAUCUUCGUGACCAUGACUGAUCUUGGUAUGCUUUCCGUUGACGGCCGCUGCCGUCACGGAGAUAAGGCUGGUAGCGGUUACGUUCGUGGUGAGGGUAUCACCGCGGUUGUUUUGAAGCGACAAUCUCGUGCUGAGGUCGAAGGAAAUCGAAUCCGCUCUAUCAUCAGGGCAUCUGGUGCAAACCAUGACGGAAAGAAGCAGGGAAUCACUCUCCCAUCGGCUCAGGCCCAGGCGGCCUUGAUUGAAAGAACUUACAAAGAGGCUGGCCUCAGCCCUGCCGAUACUCAGUAUGUCGAAUGCCACGGUACUGGUACCGCAGCUGGAGACCCCCGAGAACUUCGUGCCCUCAGCUCUGUUUUCGCUUCUACCCGUGACGAGCCCCUCUGGAUUGGUUCUGUCAAGACAAAUAUCGGUCAUCUUGAGGGCGCCUCUGGGUUGGCGGGUAUCAUGAAGGCAACAAUGGCUUUGGAAAAACACCAAAUCCCGCCAAACAUGCAUUUCAACACUCCCAACCCUGAGGUCGACUUCAAAGGAUGGAAGCUGCGCAUCCCUACUGAACCUGUUGAGUGGACGGUCCGCGAGGGUGUCGCUAGACGUGUCUCCAUUAACAGUUUCGGAUAUGGAGGCACCAACGCCCAUAUUAUCCUAGAGGAAUACAACCGCCCAUCUUCCGCUAAGCUUGCUCUCCCAGAACCUUACGCUGAGAUGACCAAGGGUCGCCCUUAUCUUGCACCAAUUACUUCCCACUCCGACAAAGCUGGAAAGCUGAUGGCUGAUAAACUUGCGGCUUACUUGGAGACAAACCCCGAUAUCAGCAUUGCGGACUUUGCCACUACCCUUAGCACUGAGCGAAGCAUGCAUGAUUUCCGUUCUUUUGCUUACGGAGCAACUAAUGAAGCUGUCGUCAGCAGCCUCAAGGAACCCCUACCAGUCGCUGCCUGGGCCAGCAAGAUGACUUCUGCUCCCCGACUUGGCUUUGUCUUCACCGGACAAGGUGCUCAGUGGUGGGGAAUGGGCCGUCAGCUUAUUGAAAUGAGCCCACUCUUCCGCCAAUCCUUGGAGAAGUGUGACGAAGUUCUCCAAGCUCUUCCUGAUAAGCCUGAUUGGACUGUUGUCGGCGAGCUUCUUCGAUCUCAGGAAGAUUCUCGCUUGGGUGAGACUCGAUUCUCUCAGCCAAUUUGCACUGCUCUUCAGCUUGCUUUGAUUAACCUCCUUGCUUCCUGGGGAAUACGCCCAACUGCUGUUGUCGGACAUUCCAGUGGUGAGUUGGCUGCUACUUAUGCUGCUGGCAUAUUGUCCUUUUCUAAUGCCAUGGUUGCCGCCUACUACCGUGGUCUCUACAUGGGCAAUGCAGCUGCCAGCUCUGAUAGCGUCCCUGGUGCUAUGAUGGCCGUUGGUCUCACUGAAUCUGAAGUUACCAAUGAGCUCAAGCCAUACGCUGGUCGCAUUGCAGUUGCUGCCAUGAACAGUCCUACCAGUUUCACUGUGUCCGGAGACGAAGAUGCCGUUGUUGAACUUCAAGCUAAACUCUCUGAGCGCAAAGUCUUCGCUCGUCGUCUCCAGGUCGGCCAAGCUUUCCACAGUCACCACAUGCUUCCGCUUGCCCCUGGAUAUGAGCGUGCCUUGAAACAUCACCCUGGAUUUGCUCCUCAACCUCCAACUGCUCGCAUGUUCUCCAGUGUCACUGCCCGAGUUGCCGACUAUCAGACCAUGGGACCAGCUUAUUAUGCCGCCAACAUGACUGGUCAAGUCAAGUUUUCUGACGCUCUUACCGGAAUUGUGCUCAAUGAGGAUGAUGAGCAAAACAUUGAUGUUUUGGUUGAAGUCGGCCCUCAUCCUGCUCUCAAGGGACCGUCCAACCAGACUCUUAACUCUCUAAACAUCAAACUUCCAUACAUCGGAGUUCUUGACCGUAAGGUCGCUGCUUACGAUAGCAUCCUUAGCGCUGCCGGUCAGCUAUUUGCUAUGGGAUACCCUGUUGACAUCCCUGCUGUUAACCAGGACAAAUACAUCGAUGCCAACAAUAAUCUUGUUACCGUCGACAGUGGUAACAAACUUCUUGACUUCCCUAGUUAUGCUUGGGAUCACCAGAGGUACUGGUCCGAAACCCGUGUCAUCAAGAGCCACCGUCUUCGCAAAUUCAGACAUCAAAUUCUCGGUGCUCAGAUGCCGGGAUGCCUCGAAGACCGCCCUAGAUGGCGAAACUAUCUCCGUCUGGCUGAGAUGCCCUGGUUGGUGGAUCAUGCUGUUUCUGGAAAAGUUGUCUUCCCUGGAGCUGGAUACAUUACCAUGGCUAUUGAGGCUGCUAUCCGCCUUGGUAACCCUGAAGACCCGAUCAAAGAGAUUCACCUUCGUGACAUUGCCAUAAAGUCCGCUCUCAUGGUCAGCAACAGUGACUUAGGCACCGAAGUUUUGCUGGAACUUCGUCCAGCUACAGAAUCAGCUAAGACUGUUUACUCAACCUGGAAAGAAUUCGCCAUUUUCUCCUUUGAUGGUGACUCCAUGAGGGAGCACUGUACUGGGCUGAUUCAAGUUGAGAUGGGUGAAGAACGUCCCGUCCAUCGCAUUAAGCAGCGAGCCCCUGCUUCAGAGCUUCGAGCCAGCAGCAACAGAACCUUGGCCCACACGAAAUAUUACCAACGACUUGCAACCAUUGGCCUUCACUAUGGACCGGCUUUCCAGUGCCUUAGCGGGAAUGUGGAGUGUGGUAAGGGCUUCGCAACUGGAGAAAUCACCUGGGAGCCGAAGAGAGUUUCUACUGGCGAUGACUCCAGCGCCAGUGUCCUUCAUCCUACCUUCUUGGAUUCCUCGCUCCACCCAAUCUUCGCUGCAGUGGAAGGCCUCAUGGGCCACAGUAUCACGGAAUCCUUUAUCCCUACUUUCAUGCGUUCUUUGAAAAUUUCUGGUCACCUUAACCGUAAGGAGUAUAAAUGCGAUGGAUUCAAGGCCAACGUCGCUGUCGACAGCUGGAUGCACGGACCCCGUGUUGCCAUUAGCAAUAUCGGUAUUGAGUCCAAGGAUGGCCAGCUUCUUGCGGAUAUUGAAGGUCUAGAACUCACCAGUCUUGGAAGCGAUGCUGAUGACCAACAGAAGAGAACUCUUUUCUUCGGCAUCCAGUGGAAGCCGGCUUUCGAGUUCCUGACUCCUGCUCAAGCCCAGAACCUCAGCGUCCCUGAGAUUGUUGACCUCUACGUCCACCAAAACCCUAAUUUGCACUUCCUUCACUACUCUGACUCCCAUACCUCUACCUUGGACAUACUGAACCAUCUUGGUGGCUCUAAUGGAGAGAGACGCAAAUUCGGCAAAAUGACUGUGGUGCCAGUUGGUUCAGCGGAGGAGGCAAGCUUCUCUCCCCUUGUUGAACGCUGGAAUGGCCUUGUUUCGCUUGAGGCCCCUCUUGAUGAGGAGAAGUUCGAUGUGAUCAUAAUCUCCGCUUCGGCUGAAGCUGCUUCCAUCGAGAAGCUCAAUGAGAACGGCCUUGUUAUAUCCCAUCCUGCAAAGGCCCCCACUGCCGAAAACCUUAGACAAUUAUGGUCCACUUCUGAUGUGACCGUCUUGAAGGGCGGUGAUGAAUCAGUGUUCACUCCUGAGACUCUUACCAUUCUCAUGCCAUCUAAUCCAUCUGCAGAGACUGAAGCUCUCGCCCAAAGAAUUGAAUCGACCACCUCAGCAAAGGUUACUAGAAAAGACUUCCUGUCUCUCAGAAAUGGCACACGAAUGGACGACAAUGUUAUUUCCCUCUACGCCCUCGAUGUAAACAUCUUCUAUGAUGAGCCAUCCAAGGCUUUGAACGAAUUCAAGGCGGUCCAGUCCCUCACGAGCGAUGCAAACCGCAACAUUGUUUGGCUUAGCCAGGGUACCUUCAUGGAUUGCCCCUGCCCAGAGCAAGCCAUGUUCCCUGGCCUUGCUCGCUCUGUUCGUCAUGAAACUGAAGACUUGAGAAUUGCAAUUCUUGAUAUCACUAAGUCUGCUAAAGCUGAUCUCUCUGCCGAUCUCAUUUUCCGCAUCCUCAACCCAACCCUCCACGAAGAAGAAAUCGCGCUUCGAAAUGGCCAAAUCCAUGUCUCCCGAUUGCACGCAAAUGAUGAGUUGAACUCUAAGAUUGCUGGAGGCUACAAUCACCAGGCCACAAUGCAACCACUUCACCAGAAGAAUAGGCCACUCAAGCUCGUUAUUGGACGACCUGGCCUCUUGGAAACCCUGUCAUUUGCUGAUGACACUGAGAUUACCGAUGAACCUCUCAAAGACGACGAGCUUGAAAUCGCUGUUAAGGCAUCAGCUAUCAACUUCCGUGACAUUGCCCUUAGCAUGGGCAUUAUUGAAGAUUACAAACUUGGAGAUGAAUGUGCUGGUAUCGUCAUUCGCAAGGGAUCCAAGGUUUCGGACGAAGAGUUCCAGAUUGGUGACCGUGUUGUCGCACUCCGCCCUGGUGAGGGUGCUCACCGGACUAUUGCUCGGAACCCAGCCUGUUACUGCGCCAAGAUUGGUUCUCUAACCUUUGCACAGGCUGCAGCCUACCCUCUGGUUCUAUCUACUGCGUAUUUCUCUCUUGUUGAGGCCGCGAGGCUCAAGGAGGGCGAGACUGUUCUCAUCCACGCAGCUGCUGGAGGUGUUGGACAGAUGGCCAUCCAGGUAGCUCAAUUGGUUGGAGCCAAGAUCAUUGCCACCGUUGGCUCUCAAUCCAAGAGGGAUCUCCUUAAGAACACUUAUGGCCUUACUGAUGACCAAAUCCUCAACUCCCGUGACGACUCAUUCGUUGAGGGUGUCCACCGCCUUACCAACGGGUGGGGUGUGGACGUUGUGCUUAACUCCCUCGCUGGAAAGCUUCUCCAUGCCACAUGGACCUGUCUGGCUCCAUUCGGUCGAUUCAUUGAAAUCGGUAAGCGAGAUAUCCACCAGAACAGCAGGAUCGACAUGGACCCAUUCAGAAAGAAUGCUACUUUCGCCAGUGUCGACUUGGUUACUAUGUUUAACCUGAAGAACCGAUCAAUUGCUACAAAAUUGUUCAAGGAAUGCUGUGAACUCUUCCAGCAAGGAAAGAUUCGCUCCAUCCCUACCGUUGAGCUCGAAUAUGCCGAGUGCGAGAAAGCAUUCCGCAUGCUCCAGCUAGGUAAUGUUGCUGGUAAAGUUGUUCUCGUUCCUGGAGAUGAUAACCAAGUCCUUGUACAGCCAAACACCAAUGAUAGCAAGGCAACUCUCAAGUCUGACAAGACAUACCUCCUUGUUGGUGGUCUGGGUGGUCUCGGCCAGAAACUUGCUGAAUGGCUUUACCGCCGAGGAGCCCGGAGACUGGCAUUCCUUUCUCGAUCUGGCGCGGACAAGCCUGAAGCCAAGGCUGUUGUCCAAUGGCUUGAAGACAGAAAUGUCAACGUUCGAGUGUUCAAAGCCGAUGUAUCCAACUUCGAUGGAGUCAACAACUGCGUCAAGGCCAUCAAGGAUAACCUUGCGGGUGUCUUCCAGGCUGCGAUGGUUCUUCAAGAUUCGCCCUUUGACAAGAUGUCGUUCGAUCAAUGGAGAAUUUGCACCACGCCCAAAGUUAUGGGAACACAUAACCUUCACAAGGCUACCCUUGAUAUUUCUCUCGAUUUCUUCGUUUGUUUCUCUUCCCUUUCUGGAGCUGUUGGAACUAAGGGACAAGGAAAUUAUGCUGCCGCAAACUCUUAUAUUGAUUCCAUUUGCCGAUACCGACGAGAGAACGGCCUGCCUGCCACUACCAUGGAUAUUGGUAUGGUUGUUGGUAUCGGUGCUGUGUCUGAGGAUGCCCAGCUUCAAGCUGUUAUGGAGAGAGUUGGCUAUGACCCAGUCAAUGAAGAAGAGUUGUUCCAUCAAAUCGAGACCUCCGUUUCUUGGGACCAGUACAAGACUCUCGAUAGCAAUGGCUUCGAUGCUCAUCAAACAAUAACAGGUCUUAACAUGAGACGCCCUGACUACUACUGGACUUCCGGCCCACGCAUGAAGAAUAUCUACCAGAACCAUGACUUCACUUCUUCCGGAAAUCUCGGCAAGGCUCAGAAGAGUGUUAUGGCCCUUCUUCGCGCCGCAGACACCGCUGAUGAUAGACUCAAUAUUCUGAUUGAGGCCUUCAUCGAGAAGAUUGCCCUCAUCCUGUCUAUCGAUAUUGAAAACGUCCAACCUAGCCGUAGUCUUGCAGAUUACGGUCUUGACAGUAUUGUCGCCAUUGAAAUUCGUAAAUGGUUCUUCAAGACUGUUGGUGUUGAACUCGCCCUAUUCGACGUCCUUGGAAGCUCAAGCAUUCGUGGCUUGGUUGAAAAGGUUUCCGAGGCAGUUGUCUUGGAAGAGGCCGAGACCGAGGAUACCUCCAAGCAGCAAACCUCCUCGCGCACUGCUCGAUCAUCCAGCACCAAGAAUGCUGGGGACCAUCCACUUGGUGAAAAAUCCUUCAAGGUUUCUCCUGGAGAUGAGGUUCCUAUGUCAACUUUCCAGAGAAGGUUGUGGUUCAUUCAUAACCUGAUUGAAGACAAGUCCUUCUUGAACUUGCCUCUAUGCGCCACUAUUAAGGGCAAGCCUGACAUCCAAGUCUUCCAAAUGGCUCUUGAGGAACUCAAGCGACGAAAUGAUGUUCUUCGCACUGCUUACUUUGAAGGAGAGUCCUUCGCCCAGCAGAUGGUCACUGAUGACUGCUCCGUGGAACUUACCUUCCUCGAUUUCACUGAUGCACACGAUGUUGAAGCCGAUAUCGAGGAUUUCAUCGAAGAGCAAACCCAUGAACCCCUUGACAUCGAAAAUGGCGAGAAUAUUCGCUUUACUCUCAUUCAAACUGGAGAAGAGGAGUUCACGGUGGUCACCAUUGCUCACCACAUCUCCUUCGAUCGUGGUAGCAGUGAGUCUCUUCUAGACCAAGUUUGCAACCUAUACAACUGCCUACGCAACGGUGACGACUUGGAUGGCGUCAAACAACCCGCGGCUUCAUACUCCGAAUUCACUAUGUGGCACAACGAGCGUCUUCAGUCUGAAGAGCAACAAAAGGACGUCGACUUCUGGAAGACCAAGUACCAUGAUCUUCCCGGCCCUACUAAGCUGCUCCCAUUUGCAAAAGCGGAACGACCAGAGUCUAACGACUACAAGAGGAGCAUACACCAAGGCCUGCUAAAGAAGGGAGCCCACCAGAGAAUGAAGAGAGUCUGCGCUCGGCUUGGAAUAACACCUGCCCAGUUCCUCAUGGCCGCAUUCAGAGCUUUCAUCUACCGCUACACUGAGCAGGAUGACUUGACUAUCCACAUGAUUGAUGGAAACAGACCUCACCCAUCCGUCAGCGACACUGUUGGAUUCUUCGUCAAUGUUAUCCCUGUCAGAUGCGCCACCAACAACGAUGCUGACUUUGAGAGCUUCCUCCGCGAAAUGAGCGGUUUGAUUCUUGAAUCUCUGUCUCAUUCUAAUGUUCCAUUCGACCUUAUCGUUGACGCAGUUGGUGUUCCAAGAAACCCUGCAUACUUCCCACUCGGUCAGGUUGUUGUGAACUACCAGAUGCAUGGAAAGAUCCCAACCUACUCUACUGAUGAUUUCAAUAUGAUUGAUAUCCGAGGAAAGGAUGUUCCCACUGCCAGCGAAAUGCAGCUCGAGGCCACCGAGGACCCCGAUGAGGGGCUUAAGCUUUCUCUCGAGUUCUCCAGCACCUUGUACGGCAACUCUGAAAUGGAGCGUUUCUUGGACAACUUCAUCGCCUUCAUGAACAGCGCCAUUCGCGACCAUCGCCAACCAAUCUCUGAAAUUUCAAUGGUCGGCCCAAAGGAGCUUUCUCACUUGAAGAACAACUUCUUCGCCAUGGAUUUCACUAAGAACACCUGGGAGAACCAGUCUGUCGCUUCCCGUAUCAUGGACAUCGCGCGCCAAUACCCCAACGAUGUAGCCAUUGAGACCUCCAACGGAAGCAGUAUCAGCUACAAGACCCUCGUUGAGAAAGCGGAGAAAGUUGCUGCUGCAAUCGAAUCUAAGGGAAUCGAUUCUGGAUCUAAAAUUGGAGUUUUCUCCACUCCUGGAGUGAACGCAAUCUCCGCAAUGGUCGGUACUCUCUUUGCCCGCUGUGGUUAUGUUGCCCUCGACCCCAGCUUCGCUACUGAGCGUCUCUCUUUCAUGGCCAAUGACUCUGGAAUGAAGCUUCUUCUGGCUGAAAAGGAGCUCGAGGCCAGAGCCAGAGAGAUUUCCAGCAAGUCCAACUCUCCGUUGGACACCGUUGUGAUUGAAAACAUCUCGGAGUCGUCACAACCUAUUCAAGGGCCACUCAAAACAGCGAAUAAUGACCCAUUCUACAUGAUCUACACCUCGGGAAGCACAGGCACUCCAAAAGGUGUAGUCUUGAGCCAAUCAAACACUCAACAGAUGCUCAGCACCCUGCAUCACGACUAUAAAUUUACCGCCAAAGACCGUUUCCUUCAUCAUUCUUCUAUUUGUUUUGAUUUAUCUAUUGUUCAAAUUUUUUCUGCACUUACCUGCGGUGCCCGCGUCUGCGUUGCUACCGCUGCUACUCGAAAGGACCCUGUUGCUCUCUCCAAGUACAUGGAAUCCUCUCAGGUCACUGUUACCUAUUUCACUCCUACUCAAUUUGCCCUUCUCAUUGAAAACGCAAAGCCAAGUCUCCAGAACAUCCGCAAAUAUCGAAUUGCUUACUUUGCUGGUGAACGACUGCCAGUCCGCGUGGCCAGGGCCUUCUACGAUCUCGGAACCCCGGCUGUGGUCCUGAACACCUGGAGUCCCAGUGAGCUUGUGGUCCAAACCACCAUCCAACAAGUUGAAUACCCUAGUGAAGAUGAAGUCAGCAUCCCAAUCGGAUUCCCCAUGGCAAACACACGACACUACAUCCUUGACAAGAACUGUCAGCCCCUGCCGGAGGGAUUCAUCGGUGAGAUAGUGGUUGGAGGAGCUCAAGUUGGCCUUGGAUACCUUAACCGACCAGAGGCAAACCGAAGCUCGUUCGUGGCCGAUCCCUUCUGCUCUGAAGAAGACCGUCAAGCCGGCUGGACAAGAAUGUUCCGAAGUGGUGACAAAGGCCGAUUUCGCCCAGACGGAAGCCUGGAGUUCCACGGUCGCAUCGCCGGUGACAAGCAAAUCAAACUUCGAGGCUUCCGUAUCGAUCUUGGUGAAGUUGAACAGAGACUAUUUGUGGAGUCCAAGGACGAAUCUGGAGAGCCACAGAUUGUCGAUAUUUCUGUCGUUGCCCGUUCGCCCACCGCUGCUGAUUCUCAGGAUAUCACUGAUAACCGCCAGCUAAUUGCAUUCGUUGUUACCAAGAAACCAUUCACCGACCAGAAGAGCAAGCAAGCAUUUGCGUUUGACCUGAACAACAAGGCAGGCCGCCAUCUUAACAACUAUAUGCUUCCAAACGGUUAUCAAUUCCUCGAUGCUCUCCCAGUCACCAUUGGUGGGAAAGUUGAUCGCCAACGUCUACUCAACUGCGACCUUUCCCUAACCUUCCCUACCGCCGCAACCGAGACGAUUGAAUCUCAAACAGCCGCAUCGAAUGACAAGCCUGAUGAUAAACUCGUCAAUACCGUCUUGCAAGGAUUCCAGGAAAUCUUGAAGCUGCCCGAGGAUCAAGAUAUUGGAGUCAAUGAUAGCUUCUUUGAGCUCGGUGGCCAGAGUAUCCUUAUGCUUAGGCUGCAGACCAGGCUCAAGCGUGUCCUCAAAGUCACUCCAACACUUGCAAUGAUGUUUGAAAAGCCAACCCCCAUGGGCAUUGCUCAUGCCAUUUGGAGCAAAGCCAAGGAUGCUACUGAUGGCGAAAUCGACUGGGACAAAGAAACCGAGUUGAUUGACGCUCCUCAGUAUACCUUAGACCAAAGCCUUCCCGACAUUUCCCCGUCUCAGGUUACCGAUGUUCUCCUUACCGGUGUUGAGUCCUUCCACGGAAUCCACAUGCUUGCUGCUCUACUCCGUGAAAGCCCCCAACUGACAAUCCAUGUUCUUGGCCUUGAGGAACCAAUGACCUCCGAGGAUGUCUUCAAGGUGUUGGACCAGUGGGAUUUGCUGCAGUUCUUCCCUGACCGCGACGCUGUCACUACCCGCAUCCAAUGCGUCCCUGGCGCGAUGGCUCACCCACACCUGGGCUUAUCAACCUCCGACUUCAAGAAGCUCGGGCAGACCAUCCAGGCUAUCUACAACUUCGCUUCUCACGUCUCUCUCCUACAAUCCUAUGAUGAUCUUCGAAGCUUCAAUGUUGAGCCCAUCCGCGAUAUCAUUGAACUUGCGACCCUUGGCAGGGUUAAGAUUCAUAUCCACCACCUCUCUACCUGGUCUGUUAUGCACAUUCAAUCGUGGCAGACUACCAUCCGCAAGCGAAGAGGCCGCCCGGUUACCCAAGAGACCAGUGCCAGCCAUUUCACUCCCGAAGGCACUAGUCGCUUUGGCUACUUCAAAUCACGAUGGGCGUCCGAGAUGUUGAUUGAAAAGGCUGCGUCUCGAGGCAUUCCCUGCACCAUCUACCGUGCCUCUGCCAUCACUGCCAGCACGGAGACGGGAGGAAUCGAGCCAGACGACAGCUUUGCGCGCCGCAUGGUCCUCGGCAUUGUGGAGUCCAACGGCAUCCCCAAGAUCGGCCAGCGCGGCCUCGAGUUUGUUAUUGACUUUAUCCCGAUUGACUACAUGACCAAGUGCGUGCGUGCUCUGUCACUGUCUGACGGGCUGAGCCGUCAAGAGAACGUUGCUACAAUCCACCACAUCACCAACCCAAGCCCGGUCAAGACCCCGCAGCUGGUCGACAUGAUGGCUGAGAUCAAGUCUAAUCCCGACGUGAAGGCAGAGAUCCUAAGCAAGGACGACUGGCUCGAUGGAAUGCAGCGUAUCGAUACCGAGCCAGGCGCGGAGAUCCGAUGGACUGUGCUCAAGAGCUACUUCGAGGUCGGCCACAACAUGUUUGCGCUGGACCAGAGGAAGACCAAGGCGAUCCUCAAGGACCUGGGAGUCGAGCCUUGCUUCGGCAUCGGAGUUGAUGUCCUGAAGGCUGUCUAUGAGAAGGAGAAGAUGGCUCGCACGCCUAAGGCAUAGCCGCAUAGGCAGCCACUACUUCCUGGCGAACCAACGACGAACCAAGAUAUCAAGAGCAAAAAGAACCAAACUUGAAUGAGCCCGAGAGCCAAAUACCAGAGAAUGAGAACCAACAGUUCAAGCAGAACAACGCCCACACUGUUCCUUUCGAGUUGUUAGCGAGGAGUUGGGGAGUUGCAUGAUUCAUGUCGAAAACCGCCCCA